AGCUGUUGGGUUGAAGCACCGGUCGAGCGCGGUCCUGCACAUGCUCGGGUAUUGAACCAGUUGGCGCUGGGUGCAUGAAAGGAAUCUCCUCGUUAAUUAAAUAAGUGCCUACAGAAAUGGAAACAUGAAGUCGGGCUCUGAACGAGCUGGGAGGACAGAAACGCUGCGUAAGUGAGACAGCACGCCUCCAACGACGAGGGACUGGUGCGCUUUGGCACCAAACUUCACUGGCGAGCUGAGCAUCGAUUCGGGACAAAGGAUCGGCACACUGUGAGGCUGAGCGCGCUUCUAUUGACUUUUUACUAUAAUGUAAAUGUGUAUUAAUUGACUUGAGAUCCAGAAUAAGGUGCGGCAAGCGCUCGUGUUGUGCUCAGUUUGCUCCCCCCAACCGUGCCAAUGCUGGAAUGGCUUGUGGCUCUGUGCAUUGUGAUCCUGGUGGUCUUAAUCUGGCCGGGCUCCAAAUAUUUUGGCACCGAGAGCCAGUGGGAUGCUUUGCUUCAGGGACUGGGGAUUUCACACCCGGCAACGAAGGAUAAAACUGAGAGGUGCGCCUCAGAGCGAGAGGGGAGCGAUGGUGCCCAGACGGCCUGUGCGGGUGGCAGGACCGAUGGGAAAGCACGCACCGUGGCACUAAUCUGCAAACCGUCCGCGCUGGCCAACUAUCUCCUGAAACACUGCAGGACUUUCAGUAAUUACUCCCCGUGUGUCGGGUGGACGUGGCGAGCCAGCGCGUUGCUCCAGAGCGUGUACGAGGCGUGCUGGCCGUAUGACAGCCCGGUGCAGUUUGUGCGGGACAACCUGCAGCUCAGUGAUGAUGGGCUGGUGGCCUUGGACUGGGCAGUGCCAUCCUACCAGAAGCGACGGCGGACCUCGAGUCACUCCACCAGUCCUGUUCUGCUCAUCAUCCCAAACUCUUUUGGGAAGAUCACCAGGAAUGUGUUAAAGUUAUGUGAAACGGCACUGUCCCAUGGCUACCUUCCGGCAGUUUUCAACCGCCGCAGCCACAACGGCACCCCGCUCACCACCCUCAAGCUGCAGCAGUUCGGUGACCCUGCGGACCUGCGCGAGGCUGUGCGCUACAUCCGCCAUCGACAGCCUGCAGGAAGACUGUAUGCAGUGAGCGAGAGCACCGGGUCGGGCCUUCUCCUCUCUUACCUGGGGGAGUGUGGAUCAUCCAGCUAUGUGACGGCAGCCGUCUGCCUGUCGCCCGUGUUCCGCUGUCAGAGCUGGUUUGAGAACGGGCUGUACUGGCCCCUGCAGUGGGCGCUGGUGCUCUACCAGAAGAUAUGUCUCAGCAGGUACAAGACGGUGCUGGGUGAGACCAUCCAGACAGACACCCUGUUUUCUAGCUGUUCCUUGCGGGGCCUGGAAGAGGCGUUGUUUUGUCAGACAGGACACGUGGGCUCCACACCAGCAGCACCAGCAGGGACCAGCAUUAGCUGCAAUACUUCAGGCACCUGGGAUGCUUACUGGGAACGCAAUGAACCCUUGAGAGAUGUGGAUGAAGUUGCUAUUCCUGUCUUGAGCGUGUGUGCUCAGGAUGACCCAGUCCGUGGUGACGCCCAAUCCACGGUGCCCUUGGAACUCUUUGAGACAAACCCACAUUUUUUCCUCCUCCUAACUGAACGUGGAAGUCACUGUGGUUUCUCCACCCAGUUCGAGGGCAGCGCCGGUGGUGCAGUCGGUGCAGUCGGUUCUGCAGCUGCACCAAACAGUGGGAUGGAGAGCCGUCGGACCAACUGGAGCCACAGAGCUCUGCUGGAAUUCUUCAGGGCGACCACAGACUUCUUCGCUGCAGAGGAGAGGGCGAAGCAGCUCGCUGCAAGGAGGAGGGGGCUGGGGGGAGGUGCGGGAGGGAGGGUUUUCCGCCACCGCAGUGUCAGUACAUGUAAACGAGUGCCAGCGUGUUCCCAUAAUAUCCACGCCAUUUAUAACUGGCAGAGGUCCUAUACACGAUGAGGAAGCUUAAUGGAAGUUAAUGGACUACACGGAUGCUUUCUGAUAUUGUUUAGAUUUGGGAGGUCGUUCUCCGUCUGUGCCACACUCAGUUUGGAAAUGUUAAGAUAUCCACAACUAGCAGAGUGCAAGGACUGAGCUCAUGGAGUACGCUUAAGUGUGUGUUGUUCUCACAUUAAGAAUGUGAGCCAGAAAACACUCGGACAGAAAAGGGAUCACGACAGGCCAAAAGCUUGCAUGCAGUUGUUCUGCUUAACUGCUGAUCAGUUGACAAGGCGAGUGGCUUUUUUAUUUUUCUACAGACUGAUGCAAAUCUCUUCACUGCCAGCUGUUAAAACUAAAAGAUUCUGUCACACGUACGUUCGUUGAUCCAUCAAUCCAUCUGCCUCACAUGUUACACAGUUUACACAAGAUAUUUGUAACAUUGACACUUACUGUAGUGACUUACUGCUCUCCUAUUAUCACUUAAAGGAUAUUUAUUGGGGAGCAAAAAUCUUGACAGUCUUGUGCAUAAAGUAGAAAGGGGAAAAAAAUCCUGCGAUAAUCUGAAAUUACUCUGAACUACAUGUCAAAUGAGUUUAAUGGACUCAUCCAGGGUUACUGCACACAUUAAAGAGAGUUUACUGUGUACAUCAUUAAAUUUUCGUCAUCUGUAUUGGGAAAUGUUCUGUGAUGGAAUUUUUGUGUAAUUGAGGAAAAUCUGUGUCAUGAUAUUUUAACGAGCUGGGUGACUGGAAGCACUUUGUGAGUUUUCCUAUCUCGUCAUUUAAACGCUGCGCUCCAAGGUUUCCCCUGGCCGCUCAGGAUAUGAAAAAGGUGAAGCUGUGAGGGUGGCUGGUUUCGCACGAAGGUGGAGCGUUCAAGACUUAGCAGCGUAAUGUUGAGUGAAUUUUUUCUCAGGUCCCUUGAAAUUGUGUUAUUUGGAUUUAUUCUUAUACAAUAAAGCUAGUGUUGGUAACUUUUAUGAAAGUGACUGUAAUGUAUUUGCUGAAACUGUCACUAUAUUCUAAGAAAAACAAAUACACGAGACAGUCUGUGAAAAAAAUCCUCUUCCUCCCUCUGCCUCUAUUUGUAAAAAUCUAUCCCAGCACAUCAAAAACAACCAAUCAGAGCUUAGGAGUUUCUAAAGCCCUGUUUCUACCAAGCAGUACGGUACGGUACAGUUAAGUUCGGUAUGCUUUUUUUCCGUUUCCAAUGUGAAAAACUGUGGAUGGUACCAAUUGAACCUUUUCUGUUCUUUUUCCGUCCCCCCUCUGUUGGGGUACCUAGCACACAGAUCUAAAAGGUGGAGCUGUGAACACUGCAGCCCAUUGACUGGUCAAUAGCAGAUGGUCACUCUGGCAAGUCUUACAUACAUUAGUAAACUAUAGUAAAGGAUGUUUUCCUGCCUCUUUUAGCAGCUGGAGGCUGAGAUAAAAACAACUCAAUUCACCAGCAACAUUUAAGGUGGAACAUUUACCUGUAAUAUUAUUCAAUGCAUGAGUCGACGACGUGAAUUUCAAUACGACAACUUUGACCAUUACUUUAGUUUUUAUUGUCUCUCUUGGAUGACAGACUUUUAGUAAUGAGUGGCUCUUCAAAUUUUAAAUAUAUAUAUAUUAAUUUGACCAGAUUCUGUGGACUGCAUAUAUUCUAGUCCUCACUUGAAGGAAAAAAAAGCAUCAUUAAGUGUCGUUCCUGUGAGCUCAGGCCAGCUGCACUUGCCUUAAAAGGACUAGGUGCACAAACCCGCUAUUUCUAAAUAUUCCAUGGAGAGAGACUCUCACUCAAGUCUGUCGUAUAUUGUUCUGAAAAUGUCGGCGUGCUACCUCGUUGUGUAGACAAUAAACGAGGCGCAGAUGCAGCAGUGAGUGCUGGACGGAGCAGUGAUUGACAACAACCCCGCCCACAUUUAAAAGUACUGUUUGUGGUGGAAACGCUAAAUGGACCUAGGGUCUUGGUGCCAUGUUUGAAGGGUUACUUUUGGUUCCAAUGGUACCAUACCGAAAGUGUCUGGUGGAAACGGGGCUCAAAGCUCAAUCAUGUCAAUCACUGCUCGAGAACUGUGGUCACUUUCAAACUAUGCAGCGCUGAUCAAAUAUGAAUCAAGAUUCUGUUGUUUCUGAUGCUUUCAGAAACAAAUUUUACUGUACUAUUUAGCUAUAAAACUAGAAAGCUUGUGACCCGGCUGCCAAGUUGGAUACAGUCAACAGAAGUACCGAACACCACCCACUGGUCGGACCAACUUUCAUAUUUGAGACUCCUCAGCUCUGGUUGUUGUUUUCGUUUACCUUUCAUGAGGGUGCUAGAAGCACGACAAGGCAAUAGAGUAAACAGAGGAGUAUGAUUUCAUUUAAUGCUGAGUGAAUAUAGUGACAGGUUACUUUUUGUUAUAGAAAAUAAAGUUACCAACUACAGCUUUUAAAUAAUAAAUUAUAUCCAUUAAAAUGAUAUACAGUAAAAACUAAACUUCAAGGGGCAGCUCAACAGUUUGAUAAGCAGGAAAAAGUCGAGGUUGAAGGUAGUAGAAAGCAUCAGACACAAAACUACAGAGCACUGUUGAUUUGAUUUUUGCCCUCUGUUGUUUUAAAAACAUGUGAUACGCCAAUUAAAUUUGUUGUUUUAUGUGAUGGAAUCUGAAAACUAUAAUAAAAUGA